AUGGAGUACGGGCAGCUGUUUGUUGCUGCUCGCACAGGGAAUGUGGAAAUCCCGUGCAUUUUCCCGCAGGAUACUAAUCCACAGUGGACGCCCUUACAUAUAGCUUGCAUGUUUGGGCAAGUGGAUUUUGCCAGGGAGUAUUUAAGACGCUAUCCACAAAAUCUCCAGCAUGAGAAUCCAAAUGGUUGUAGCGGUUUACACUUGGCAUCUUCCAAUGGCCAUUUAGAGAUGAUAAGGUUGCUUCUGACACUAGGACAUAACAGAGAGCUUUGCAUGAAAAGGGAUAAGGAUGGUAGAACUCCUCUUCAUCAUGCAGUUAUUAAUGGUAGUGACCGCGUGGUGAACCGACUGCUUGAUGCUUGUCCGGAGUCUGCUCUGGAGGUCACUGUUCAUGGGGAGACAGUAUUUCAUCUAGCUGUGAAGAAUAAAGUAUCUGUAUCUCGUGAUUUAUUCGAAGAUUUACUUCGGGGACCAUAUGCCCACAAGCUAUUGAAUAUGGCUGAUAAAGAAGGCAAUACAGUGUUGCAUUUGGCAUUAGUUCGGAAACAGAGACAGAUAAUUGAGCGCUUGAGCAGAGAACGUACUUUGAAUGUGAACGCUGUCAACUCAUGUGGGCUUACACCUUUGGAUCUUCUAGUGAUUGAUCCCAUCAAUUUCGCGGAUAGAAGAAUAGAAAAAAUAAUUAAAUCUGCAGGUGGAGUAAGGUUAAAUGAGAGUCAAGAAAGACGCGAAGAGUGGAAAAGUGUAUCAAGCGGGCUUUUUGUGAUGGCAUCACUUAUUGCGGCUGCUUGCUGCCAGAUUGCUGUUUUCCUCCAAGUGGGUUUCUGGGAGGGCUUGUCCCCUAUCACAAGUGUCAACGUUACUUCAGUUCUCAACGCUACUGCUUCCAUACAAAAGCCCGGGAAUGCAACACUCUACCUUCAAAAUGGCAAAGCCAUAUACAAAAAAUACGAAAAUUUGGUGCUCCUUGACGGUAUAGUCUUUCUGUUCUCUAUUUAUAUCAUAAUACUUACGCUGUUACCAAAAUUUAGGUCAAGUGGAGAUUUAGUUAAAUGGAUAUACUUAAUCGUGGUGACUUUAAUGAAUGUGAUAUUUUUUACUGUAUUAUUUGCCGGAGUGGCGUUUUAUAGAUUCAAUUGGAGCAGUCAAGAACGCCAAUAUUUGUAUUUUUUUAUUUUUGUUGCUCUCUCAUCGUUGGGAGUCUUUGUAAUUCCUCUUGUCAGUAUUUUUAUUAGAUUUCUCCUUAGUAGGAGAAACUAGUGACGAAGCCAAAAAGACUAUUGGCUACACCCGGGGAAUCAAGUGUACUCUGAGUUAAA